UUAUCAGUGGUCCACGCCGAUACCAUCCUGCGCCAAUAUUAGCCACAGCCCAUCUCUUGUUUUCACACAGCCAUAAAGAAGCCAUUGACCAGUGCUGACUCCGGCCCAAAGGCUCCUUUUGCUCUACUUACAAUUCGUAGACAUUUGUGGCCUGCGGAUCGCGUUUAGACAUAAUAAUGCCGCAAAUCAAAAGUGUUGCUAUUAUAGGUACGGGGCCAGCUGGAGCUAUUGCUGUCGAUGCUCUAGCGCAGGAGAAAGCUUUUGAUCGAAUCCGCGUUUUCGAGCGACAGGAAAAGGCAGGCGGUUGCUGGGUGGCACGUCCACAGGAGAAAGCCGUGCCUCUUGAUGUCGAGAAACUCUCAGCGAGAAUAGCCGACGCUCCGCUUCCAAUCCCUGCAAAUUUGCCGCAGUAUACACCGGCAUCGUCCCAACACCGUUUUACUGACUCUCAUGUGUAUCCUAAUUUGCACACCAAUGUGGACGCCGCUACUAUGGGGUACUCCCAAGAGCCAAUUCCAGUCGUUCGCUCUGAAUGGUCACUUGGACUGCACGGGCCCGACACACCGUUCCGCCACCACGCUGUCAUUCGACAGUACGUCGAGGAUCUUCUCAAUCGGAACGGCUACCAAGAUCUGGUUGAAUACAACACUACUCUAGAAUGUGCUGUGAAAGACCCUCAAACGGACAAAUGGGUUCUGACCCUCCGACGAGCGGGCAAGCCUGGCGGGUAUGACUAUUGGUGGAGCGAAGUCUUUGACGCUCUGGUCGUUGCGUCGGGGCAUUUCGCGGUGCCUUAUGUACCGGCCAUUCCAGGCCUGAAGGAGUUUGUAGAGAAGUACCCAGAGCAUGUUCUGCACACAAAACAAUACCGUGGCCCAGAACGUUAUCGAGGCAAGAGAGUUGUUACUGUUGGAGCCUCGGUGUCUGCGGCAGACACCGCUGUCAGUUUGAUCGGUUCUGCUCAGUCACCCAUCUACGCCGUGGUCCGCGGCAAAUACAACCCCUAUUUUGGAGACGAAGCAUUCAAACAUCCUCAAAUCGAGCGUCGGCCACCGAUUGCGCGUGUUUCGUGCGAGAAUGGAGAUCGAACCGUGUAUUUUGAGGACGGUACCUCCGUCUCCGGUGUCGAUUAUAUUAUCUUUGGCACAGGUUUUACCUGGACGCUGCCAUUCUUACCCAGCAUCCCGACGAGAAACAAUCGCGUUCCUGAUGUGUACCUACAUGUCUUCCAUCGGCAGGAUCCGACAUUAAUGUUUAUAGGAGGAGUUGGCGCUGGAUUGACUUUCAAGAUAUUUGAGUGGCAAGCCGUGGCAGCAGCUCGGGUGCUGGCAGGCAGGGCUAAACUACCCUCCUUCGAGGAGCGACAGAAAUGGGAGCAAGAUCGGAUUGCUAAGAAGGGCGACGGCUCGGGCUUCUUGAUGGUGAAUGACGGUUUCGAGGAAUACUUCGAGCAGCUCCGCAAGCUCGCUGGCGAGCCCAAGGAAGGUGAACCUGGGCGUAGAUUGCCUCCGUUUGAGCAGUCUUGGGUGGAAAUGUUUAAUGCAGGGCAUGAGCGCCGGAAAGAGAUGUGGAAAAAAGCCAAUGCGACUGCAGCAGGGAGUAAGCUGUAGGCCGACGAAUUAGUGGAAAUCUGCAGGCGGUCCAACACCUUGGUAGCGGAUAAUAUCAAGUCUCAUCAUUGGGGUUGAUUGCCACCAAAUUGCGACUGCGGAGCUCUCGUCAGAAUCCGGCAAAAAGCAAGCAGGUUAACACAUUUAGCACCGCGCCAACUGCGCCGAUCUGCACGCCAAAUAUCCGGAGCUGCAGCCAAUGCACUUCUCACUUAUAACUCCUCCAAUGACACCGUUCAACCCCUCUCGGUCCUCUAUUUCAACCUGCAGAUAAUCUAGUUUUCCCGCAGGAUCGAAUGGUCCGA